AGAGGCGGGAAGAGGAGGCACCCACAGGAUGUGACACUGUUGAAGGGGCUGCCCUAUGGUGAUGAGAAGCUGAGCUCCAAAUGUGAUAGUGGGGAUGUGGGCCAGAUCUUCUCCUCCCACCUGCAGGACAUCAACCAAUUCUUGGGUGGCAAGCAGAACAGACAGCUGCCCAAGCUGGGCCAGAUCAGCUGGAACAAGCUGGUGGUUGUAGAGGGUGAUAGGAUUGAUGGUGUGCUGAAAAAUGUGACCAAUCAGGCACCUCCUGAUGUCUAA